UCGACGUCCGCGCUGUCAAGAACGACGACCACGACGAUAAUGACAAGCUCGCCACCAGACAUCUCGACAUUGUCGCUCUCUCAUCGUCCUUCCCAGCAACGUCUUCAUGAUUCUUACGAUUACGACGGAAAUGGUUCCAGUAGACCCCAGUACCACUAUGCUACCUCGCAGGGCUUGCCACAAUCCCCCUACACACCGCUGGCAGGCAUGAACCAGUCUCCUCUCAAGAACAAAUCCGUUCGUGCAGGUCUGCCCGCUCAAUGGCUCGAUAAUACUUCCCCCGAUAAUAGGUCUUUGUCUCCUCAUAAUAAUUCUGACUUUUCUUCCGCUGGCGGUUCCCCCCCAAUGGGCCACCUUAAUCCACCUCCUAUCGCCACGGGCCAGCAGCAGUCCACUGCCUCAGGUCCAGCUGGCGACGAGGACAUUAUUCCAACUGCCAUCGUAAUCAAAAACAUUCCCUUCAAUGUCAAGCGCGAGACUCUCCUCGACAUUAUUACUUCGCUCUCCAUCCCAACCCCAUAUGCCUUCAAUUACCAUUUGGACCAACAGGGCCAGUUCCGUGGCCUUGCCUUUGCCAAUUUCAGACAGGCUGCAGACGCAGACGCCGUCGUCGCUGCUCUCAAUGGCUUUGAUGUCCAGGGACGCAAAUUGCGUGUCGAGUACAAGAAGGUCCUGCAAGCCGGUGAAAAGGAAAGGAUCGAGCGGGAAAAAGCCAUUCGAAGGAUGCGUUCCAUGCAACUUGAAAAAGAACAAGCCGCCGCCCAACAGCAGCAGCAGCAAACUCAACAGUCGAAGAACGUUUAUGAAGACUAUGGCACAGCGAUCAACACUGGCUUUGGCCAGCGUUCGUUCUCUUCGGGAGCAGCGUACCAGCAAUCGUCGCAGUACUCUCCACCUCCCGUGUCCUCGAUGCCCACUCCGUCGUUCUCGAUGCCGAUGCCAUCUGCUCCAUCGGCCGCCACUCAGGCACCCAACACCCCCAGCAUCUCGGAGAAGGCUUUCAGCGAGCUGGACCUCAACGAUCCUUCCACUUUGGAGAUCUACUCCCGAAUCCUGUUGUUCAAGGAUGACCCCAUGCGUGAUGAACUCGCGUUCUCUCGUACCUUGACUCCCAAGCAACGAAGGAUUGUGCACCUCAUUGCCCAGAAGCUCGGUGUCUACCACUACUCGGUCGGAGAAGGUGAUGAAAGAUACGCUGUUGUCACACGCAUUGAUCCCAAUCGACAGCAGGCAACUGCUAGCUUGAGGCAGCCACACACCCUUAGCCGCACGCCGUCUGCGUACCUGACCCCGACCUCGGCAGCCCAGCACGGCCACGCUUCUCUUCGCGUCAAGAAGUCGAUGCCAGAUCUGAAGACCCUUCACUCCCAGGCACCGCGUCUCACUUCUCGCGCUUCCAACGGGAACAUUCGGGAGGGUUACGCGACCAUUUCUUCUCCCUCUCGUCGCGUCUCCACUGGCUUCGGUUCGCUGUUCUCCAACGGGGCCUUUGGUGGGGGAAGCUCUGUCCCUCCUGUUCCCAGCUUGCCCGCUUCGUUGAACACGGCGUCAUUGAACGGUGGUGGACAUAGCGAGAGCCCUGGAGGUGUCGUCCGCCAGCCACGCGGACCUACCGCCGUCGGAGGAUUCAGCCGUCGCGAUAGUCGCGUCGGUGCCAGCGAGAGCCAACUUCCGUCGCGCGGUGGGCUCGAGAUCGGCACUCACGAACCUUUGGAAAUCUAAUCUCAUAAUCUGGUUGACGACAUCAGGCCAGGCGGUUGAAACCUUUGCCAUGGAAGCAAUAAGACGAGACCCAACCAACUUCAACAACUAAACACUAAUAAUCCUUUUCGCAUUGAUUCGAAUCUCUCUCUCCUUUAGUCGUUCCUUUUUUUUUUUCUGCCUUUACCUGUACAGAAAUUUGGCAGUCCCUUGA